AUGCGCACCUCGCAGCUGCUUAUCCUCCCCUUCAUCCUCCUCUCGCUCCCCUGCCUCCCAACGGAAGUGACAGCAAGCUCCAUAGAUGCUUCCAAGGAGAACAAGUUGUACAGAGUGGCGAUCUUGGUCCCUUCCAGCCCAUGGAUGCAUCCCGAGCUCAAGAGAAGGAUCAUGGAGAAUCUCCGACGUGUCCCGCGCGCGAACCCGAAGCUGUACGUGCGAAUCUUUAUCGAUGCUGGGCCUCUGCAGAACCUGCCAGGCAUGCUGUCCUCCAUCGACCUCCGGGACUUUGAUUACAUCAUGUGGAUGGAUGCGGACAUCGUUGAGUUUCCUUUUGACCUCCCUUCCAAACUCAUUUUCGCCAACCCUACGGGAGCGACUGCCCCUCUUGUUCUCAUCGAAGAGCCUGGGCCCAUGGGGCCGAAUCAGUUUUAUGACACCACUGCGUUCACUCUCAAGGGCAAGUCAGACCUGUACCCGGACCUCAACGUCCCCUACGUGGAAGGAAGAAGUGUUGAAAGGCUCCCACCCUACGUGCCAUACCGGAGGGACGGAGAAGAGUUGGUCGAGAUGGACGGGAUUGGAACAUGCUACGUGCUGCCGGUGGAAGUUUUUACUGUGGGGAACGCAACUUAUAUCGACCAUCCUCGGUUGACGGAGCACUGGUCCGUGAUCAAGAAAGUCCACGAGAUGGGCCGCAAGGUGUUGAUGCACCUGGAAGUCAGAGUGCGGCACGCGAACCUUCCUCUCUACGGGUCAGACUGGCACCGCAACUCCAACUGA